UAUUGUGAAUAUUUUUGAAUAGAUAACUCAAAUUGUCCUCAGUUGCGCAAUACUUUUGUAAAUAAGAAGACGAGUUAGUACGUUGUCUGUUUAACAGACCAGCACCUAUCAAUAAGUUCUUGAUUUUGGAAAAUGUGGCACUUUAAUUUAUUAAAAAGAGUACGGCUUGAUAAAUCAAUAAAAUCUGUGUAUGGAUGUCAUGUUAAAUAUUCAACAAGAUAUUAUAAAAUAGAUGAUAAUGUCAUCGGAUUAAAUGAAUCGCAGAAAGAGCUUCGCAAUUUGGUUUUUAAUUUUGCUCAAAAAGAAUUGGCUCCAAAAGCUGCAGAAAUCGACAAAGAAAAUAAUUUUACCGAACUCAGAACAUUUUGGAAAAAACUAGGCAAUUUGGGUCUAUUAGGAAUAACAGCUGAUGCAAAUUAUGGGGGAACUGGUGGUUCGUAUCUCGAUCACGUAAUAGUUAUGGAAGAAAUAAGUAGAGCAUGUGCAGCUAUUGGGCUUAGUUAUGGUGCGCAUUCGAAUUUGUGUAUUAAUCAAAUUAAUCGAAAUGGUACAAACGAACAGAAGCAGAAAUAUUUGCCAAAGUUGUGUAGUGGAGAACACAUUGGUGCUUUGGCUAUGUCAGAACCAGGAUCUGGAUCAGACGUCGUAUCAAUGAAAUUAAAAGCCGAAAGAAAAGGCGAUUGCUUUGUUUUAAACGGUAAUAAAUUCUGGAUCACCAAUGGCCCAGAUGCUGAUGUUCUUAUAGUUUACGCUAAAACUAAUCCAAACGCUUUGAAACCACAACAUGGAGUCACAGCUUUUAUAGUAGAACGAGGAAUGGAAGGUUUCAGUGCAGCUCCAAAAUUAAAUAAAUUUGGUAUGCGAGGAUCGAACACAUCGGAAUUAAUUUUCGAGGAUUGUAAAGUUCCUGUGGAAAAUGUACUAGGUGAAUUAAACAAAGGAAUAUAUGUACUUUUCAGUGGUUUGGAUUUGGAACGUUUAAUCUUAGCAGGUGGUCCUGUAGGUUUACUUCAAGCUUGUUGCGAUGUAUCAUUCGAAUAUGCGCACACUAGGAAACAAUUUGGAAAAUAUAUAUCUGAAUUUCAAUUGAUACAGAAAAAAAUCGCGGAUAUGUACACAACCCUAAACGCAAGUAGAAGUUAUUUGUAUUCUGUUGCAAGGUCUUGCGAUACAGGCCACAUAAAUCGCAAGGAUUGCGCUGCAGUGAUACUUUACUGCGCUGAGAAUGCAACGAAGGCUGCUCUAGAUGCUAUACAAAUACUUGGUGGAAACGGAUAUAUCAAUGAUUACCCUACUGGAAGAUAUUUAAGAGAUGCCAAACUUUAUGAAAUUGGUGCAGGUACCAGUGAAAUACGUAGAAUGGUUAUAAGUAAAGCAAUUACCGAAGAAUAUUUACAAUAAUACGAGAGAGUUUGAGAGAAAAUUUGUAGAAUCUUUUACAAAAUAGUUGUAACAAUUUCCAAAGAGGAAAAUAGCAAAAAUUAAUUAGAAGAAUAUCAAAAUUGUGUAAAAUAACAUUCAGGGUUUACGUGGUUAUUUUGACUUUAGCCACAAUUAAUAACGUUUUAUUAAAUUUGUCUACUAUACCAA